AUGUCAACGUGCAAGAACAUCGUCAUCACCGGUGCGGCGCGAGGCAUCGGCAGGGUAACUGCGCGCCACCUGGCGUCGCUGGACCACAACAUUUUCCUCAUCGAUAUUAACGAGCCGGAGCUGAUCUACACGGCGACAGAACACAUCCCCAAGAUUCUAGCUGAGCAGCAACAGCAACAACAACAGCAUCCGCCAGGAGGUCUCAUAGGUUACAUGGCCUGUGACCUGCGAGACCCAGCCGCCAUAACCUCGACAAUCCAGCAUGCAGCCACCUUCUUCCCAGGCGGGGAGAUCGACGUACUCAUCAACAAUGCCGGCAUCGCGAGGGCCCGUUUUCAAGAGAAACGCACCAUGGAAGAUCCAGCGGUGCUCGACGACUGGAUGGCCUACCUGUCCACCAACCUCACCGCCCCCUUCCUCGUCAGCCAGGCCUGCAUCCCCUUCAUGAAGACCAGAGCCGGCGAGCAGCCUUCGCAGGCAGACGAGGCUAGCAGGUGUAUCAUCAACAUCUCGUCGUUUCGCGCAAAGCAGUCAGAGCCCAACUGCGAGGGCUACGCCGCCUCCAAGGCCGGCAUCCUCGGCCUUACACAGGCCAUGUCCAUCUCUGGCGCGCAGUGGGGGAUCAGGUGCAACACUAUCCUGCCCGGCUUCACCUUUGUGGAUCACGAGUGCAGAGAGGCAGAUGAGGCACCCGAGAAGAUGUGGUGGACCAAAGGCAUCGAUGGGGCUCGACAUCGGCAUCAUCCAGUAGGACGCAUUGGGUACGGCGAGGAUGUGGCAGAAGCCAUCGUCUGGCUCAUCUCGGCUGGAUUUGUGACUGGACAGGAGAUUGUGAUUGAUGGCGGUGUCAACAAAGUCAAACAUGCGUCUGCAUAG